GCCGCUGGAGGGAGCAUGUCUUUCCGAGGCGGGAGUCGCGGAGGCUUCAAUCGCGGUGGUGGAGGUGGAGGCUUCAACCGUGGAGGCGGAAACAACCACUUUCGAGGGGGAGGCGGCGGCGGCAAUUUCAGAGGCGGCGGCCGAGGAGGAUUUGGACGAGGGGGCGGCCGUGGAGGCUUUAAUAAAUUCCAAGAUCAAGGACCUCCAGAACGUGUCGUCUUGUUAGGAGAGUUCAUGCAUCCCUGUGAAGAUGACAUUGUCUGUAAAUGUACCACAGAGGAAAACAAGGUGCCUUACUUCAACGCUCCUGUUUAUUUAGAAAACAAAGAACAAAUCGGGAAAGUGGAUGAGAUAUUUGGACAACUGAGAGAUUUUUAUUUUUCAGUUAAAUUGUCAGAAAAUAUGAAGGCGUCUUCCUUUAAAAAGCUGCAGAAGUUUUAUAUAGACCCAUUUAAGCUGCUGCCACUGCAGAGGUUUCUGCCUCGUCCUCCGGGUGAGAAAGGACCGCCCAGAGGUGGUGCUGGUGGUGGCAGGGGAGGUCGAGGAGGAGGAAGAGGUGGCCGAGGUGGUGGAAGAGGUGGUGGCUUUAGAGGUGGAAGAGGUGGAGGUGGGGGCUUCAGAGGAGGAAGAGGAGGUGGUGGAUUCCGGGGAAGAGGACAUUAGAUGUGCAGUUGGCAGACCUCACCACUUCUGCUUCCGCUGUGCUGCGUGGUCUGCUGCUGUGAUUGAAGUUGGUCUGGAGCAGUUGUGACGAUGUGCCGCGUGCCACUGGAGCUGGAUUGUCAGCAUCGGGUAGACGCGUGCGGAGCAGGACACUCAGUUUCCUCAGAAAGAGCAUGAAGCAGCCUGCCUGUACAGUACCUGACGCUGUGGCUGCUUAAAGAACAACAGGACUUUUUAUUUGAAGCGUAUUUGGAUAUUUUAAAAUAAAUUUUUUUAUUUCUUUACCUUACUGUUUAUUGAACCAGAUCUAUUUUCUUGAAAAUUGAAGGAACAAGUAAAGCUUAAACCAAUUGAACUACAGGUAGAAAAGGGGGCAUGGGUAAGGUUUGUUUAAAAUAUAUUAUGAUUCUAAAAAGCAGCAAUACAUUCACAAGCAAAACCCCUGUCCCCACGAUGUCGUUGGGACAGUACUUUAAAGAUGCUUAGAGAUGAACUCCUUUUGAAGAGGCUGAGCAGUGACGUUUGCUGCAUCACUGUGGUUUUUGGUACACUGAAUAAAGCUAUUGCAGGUUUGGGUUUUUA